AUGUCAGGACCCUAUGCCCACAAGGCCAGAGGCCGCGGCCGCAGGGCAAAGGGGCGCGGCUGGCGGCAGCCGGAGCGCGAUCCCCCGGGCGAGCAUCCUGGAGGGCGGCCCGCAGGUGGCGGCGCGGGCCGGCGGGUGGGGCGGUGGAAGGGGAGGGCUCGGCGCGCGUCCGGCGGUGACGGCAGCGCGGAGGGGAGGUGCGAACCGCCCGCCCGCCCGCUCGCUCGGGAGCCAUGGCGAGAGGCCGCGCCGCGGCGCCCGCAUCAGUGCCCGCGUCUGCAGCAGCGCCCCCGCCCGCCGCCCCGGGGCCCACCCCGCCGCCGUCCCCGCGCGCCCCGAGCCCGUGACGCCCGCGCGCCGCGAGCCAGGCGCCCCCCCUCCCCCCGGAGAGGGGCUGCGCGCGGGAGGGAGCGCGGGGCAGCCGAGCACCCCGACGACCCCCGCGUCCCGGAAUCCCGGACCCCGAGCCCGCGAGCGCCAAGUCGGCGGCGGGCAGCAGGGGGAGGGGGCGCCGAAGCCGAGCCCCGCCGCGUGCACCCCGGUGCCGCCCGGCCGGCUGCUGCGGAGGGAACCGGAGCCGCCGGGCGGCGGGGGGCCCGGCCGGGGACAACGGGGAGGAGGAGGCGGCCGGCAGAGUCGAGCGCUCGGGUAGCCCCGCGCGGGAGGCCCCCGGGACCGCGCCGGCCACGGGGCCGCGCUCCGAGCGCAGCUCGCAGAUUCCCUGUAAGGAGCCCCCGCUGGUGUGCCAGACCUACUGGGGCCUGUCCACCCAACUGCCCCAGACUCCGGCAGCGGGGCCCCCGAUGGCAGUGGGUACCUCCCCGUGAAACCUGCCAAGCUGGACGCCACAGCUCCGCACGACGACACUUUGGCCAACUCCGUGCCCCCUUUGGAGGCAACAUCCAGCCCGUGGAAAUGGUGUCGCUUUCUCUGAACGUGACGACCGAGGACGGAGAAACGCCAGAGCGCGUGCUGCUGAAGCUUCAGACCCUGCGGGGCGUGGUGGCGGAGGCUCUUGCCGGGACACGGUGGCAGGCGCCGUGGGACGGCUGA